AUGUGAUGCCAAAACGUAGCGACAACAGACAGGUGGGAGCGGGCAGCGGACAAGCCGCGAGGUUUAUGUAACGCGAGGGGGCGAGCGCGGCGCCGCGGCAGUGCUCCGCCGACCGCCGGGGCACACCGCGCCAUGGACCGGGCGAGCGGCAGCCCGCCGCCCAGCCCGCCCGCGCAGACCGGCUUCAGCGCCUUCUGCAGCGCGCUCUCCGACACGCUCUCGGGUAUGGCAACUACGUCGAGGAGCAGAAGAAAACAAGAAGAUGAGAAAAAGAAUAAGAAGAAACAGUCGCCGGUCGAUGACAGGCCGGUUGUGCCGGCGCCCAGCGAAGCUAUGCUCAACAAUUUGCGCACAGCGUUCGGUCUGCUAGACCGUGACAGUGACGGGCACGUGACGCCGGCGGAGCUGCAGUUCAUGCUGCGGAACCUCGGCAUCACCGUCAGCGACGACCUCAUCGCUGAGCUCAUCAAGGAUGCCAGUAAAACUGGCAACGGACUAAUAGAUGAGAACGACUUCAUGCAGUGGGUGACGAAGAUACAAGCAAUACAAGGGCUAGACGUCACGACGAGCGGCGGCGACUCUGAGGAGGAGAUCACAAGAGAUCUACUCGCAGCAUUUAAGGUUUUCGAUCGCGACGACAACGGGUACAUAACGCGGGACGAACUCCGAUCAGCACUCGAGAUGAUCGGCGAACCGGUGACAGAUGCACAGCUUAACCAAGUGCUGGCGCUCGGGGACAUCGAUCACGAUGGCAGGAUCGAUUAUGAAGAGUUUGUGAAGAUGCUGUUGUAACGUGUACCUCGCUGAACAAGACCUCACUAGAUUUAAUGGUAGUGUUAAAGACAUGCGGUCGUCGCCGAGUGUUCCUGAUCUGAUCCCGAGCGUCGGACAUGUCGCAGCGUUACCUUGCCAGAGGCUUAGGCUUAUACGAUAGAAUUAAUUCAAUGCGGCAAUUUUUUUUUUCCAAACUUCUAAAUAACCUAAUAAAGCCCAUUGGUGUUAACGCCGACCGUCCUGUGCCGCAUUGAAUGUGUUAUAAAACUUGAGAACUGAGAAUCAAGAACUAACAAAAAGUUAAAACUUGCUUUCAGUACCGUUCGCGCCAAUUUGCGUGUAUUUUUUUU